CGUAUAUAUCCCGCCAACAAGGCCCAAGUAUUCACGGUUCCUCCAUCUUCCUCCCCCAUCCCUUCUACCUGGCGAUAUCCUCUCUCGAAGACCCAUAUUCGUUUGUAUUAGCUCGAGUCUGUCGUGUCCCAACCUGCCUCUUGGUACGGCGCCAUCAUGGUGCAACUUCGCUCCCUCCUCCCGCUGGCAACGCUCGCCCUGCCCCUCCUCACUGCGGCCUCAGAUGUUGUCAAUCUGAUCCCCUCAAACUUCGACAAAGUGGUGUUUGAGUCGGGCAAGCCUGCUCUCGUCGAGUUCUUCGCCCCCUGGUGUGGCCACUGCAAGAAUCUUGCUCCUGUCUAUGAGGAAUUGGCCACAGCUUUCGCCGCCUCCGGAAGCAAGGUGACGAUUGCAAAUGUCGAUGCGGACAAGCAUAAAGACCUAGGCAAGAGAUUUGGUGUCCAGGGGUUCCCAACCUUGAAGUGGUUUGACGGGAAGCCCGGCUCGGAGCCAGAGGACUACAAUGGCGGACGGGAUCUGGAGAGUUUGACGGCUUUCGUGACUGAGAAGUCCGGUGUCAAGGCCAAGGGCCCAAAGAAGGCGCCUAGUCAUGUUGAGAUGUUGACAGAUACGACAUUCAAGUCUGAGGUUGGUGGGGAUAAGGAUGUCUUGGUGGCUUUUACGGCACCCUGGUGUGGACACUGCAAAUCCCUUGCCCCGACAUGGGAGAAGCUCGCCACCGACUUCGCCAGUGAGCCGAGCGUUCUGAUCGCCAAAAUCGAUGCCGAAGCCGAGAACUCGAAAGCUACAGCUCAAUCCCAAGGCAUCACCGGCUACCCGACUAUCAAAUUCUUCCCCAAGGGCUCGACCGAACCAGAACCAUACAGCGGCGCCCGCAGCGAAGAAGCCUUGGUGGACUUUGUCAAUUCCAAAGCCGGCACCUACAGGGUUCCGGGCGGUGGGUUGAACUCCCAGGCUGGGACUAUCGAGAUCAUCGAUAGCCUGCUCGCCAAAUACGUCACGGCGAACGGUUUGAAAGAUAUCGAGAAGGCGACGGCUGAGAUCAAGAAGGCAGCAAACGACCUGAAGGACUCAUCCGUGGACUACUAUCUCAGAGCCCUGUCCAAGUUGACCGGAAACCCAGAGUACGCGAUGAAGGAACAGACAAGAUUGGCAGGUCUGUUGAAGAAGGGCGGAUUGGCACCGGAGAAGAUUGAUGACUUGCAGAAGAGGAGCAACAUCCUUUCGAAGUUCUUGGUCAAGGAGCCGGAGCAAAAGAGUGAACUGUAAGCAACGAGGAAUGAGUGGGCACUUUUGAUGUCACGGGCAGAUCGGACAAAAGCACAAGGUCUGCAGGCAAUGGAUCUGUAAAUUGACUGUCAUUAGAGGAGUUCAAAAAGGUUUUUGCGGGUUUCCAGUUUCGAUACACGCCUAGUUUCUCAUAUCACUGGUUGAUGUCGUCCCUGUCACAGCUGGCUCCAUCCCGUUCUCGAAGCGGAUUCUAUGGUCUUCAGUAGCUGGGCCAAUACUCCGCUGAUUCGAACACGUAUAGAUGCAUCUUGUCU